UUGACGAAAUCGACACUUCAUCCUCCUCCUCCUGCUCGACUUUCGAAUGCUCUCUUCGUUGGGACGGACGACCGUCCGACAAUGUUCACGACGUGCUCAGUCCACCCUCUCUGAAGCGCAAACAUCUGCGUCUUCGUCAAGACGCCAAGCGGCUGUCCAGACACUGAGUGAUUUGAGACGAAGACGGACAGUAUUCGUCCGUCCUUGGGAUGGAAUCAACUCCGUCCCAGAAGCGUGGGCGAUUAUUCGUGGUAUCGAAAGACAUUUUGGAAGAAUCCUUGAUUUUGCACUCGUUCGGGAUAUCGACCGCGCAGACGUUUUCCAACCUUACCUACGAGCCGAGUUUAGAGAUGAUGUUCAAAUACCUGAUGACGGGACUGUUGUCAAAGUCAAGGUCCCCAUUGUGUCGCGAAGUCAACAAGGCGGUCCUGGACUAGCUGAUUUACGUGUCUAUUUAGAGCACCAGGACAAGAUUAUCGAGGAUACCCAGGGCUGGGAUAUGCCAUCCCGCAUCACGUCUGCCGAGACCGAGGAGGAGGGCUUCAAAACUGUAGACGUCAAAGUGGAGAAAACCAAGUUUCACAUCCGUUAUGUCAAAACUCAGGAGUAUAAAGGCAUGGGGCAAAAAAGCACUCUCGAAUUCGGAGAGGCAUUUGCGAAAUGGGGCGGUUUCGCGUCUUCUGAGUACUCUGAACCUUCGAGCCAACAAGGAUCUGAGCCCAACGAACUUCCCAACCCUCGAAUGGCCGAGGCUCAGGAACGAUGGGAUAUCGUCUUGAGGAAGACUCGCAAGGCUGCAGAGCAAUCAGAAGUUAUUUCCGAGGAGCUUGAGACGGAGAUCAAUGCGGCUGAAUCCAAUCACCUUGCGGAUGCUCAACAAGAGGUCGAUGCUGCCACCGCUCAGGUAGAAGCUGAAACGACCCAGGAAGUUACUGCGACUCCUUCAGAUUCGGAGUCGACGGCUCAAACUCCUUCUGGAUCUACUUCCUCGACCCCCGAGCGAAAACGUUCAUCUACCAUGACGAAACGUCAACGCCUCCUCGUGCAAGCUCGCGAAUUGGCCCAAAAGCCUCUCCCGGAGAAGCUGACUGAGACGCCGGAACAGACAUCCCAGAGAUUGGAGCAGGAGAGGAAGGCACGGGCAGAGGAGAACGCUUCGUUAGCUGCGAGGGUGUGGAAGUUCUUCGGGGGUCACUCAUAAUUGCGCCCCAAGAGAACUCGUUGUACAUCGUAUGAUAUUGCUCAAUCUAAUGGGACUAGAGAACACUGCAUAUUUGAGUUUGGCAAUGCAACUGCUCAGAUAUCUAUCUUGACAUUAGAUGUGCUGUGGUUGAUAAGACUUGGCUGACCAUAAGAGAUUUGGGAUCAUACUCAAAAUACUAUCUUGAUGUCAAUUUGCUCGACGCUCAACCAGACAUAACAUAGGAUAGCAUAUGUAUUAGUCCACAGUUGGAGAACUCUUGACAUUCUCGGUAAGUACAUGCAUACACCAAUUACAAGUCCAACUCGACCAAACUCAUAUUCUAAAGGC